UUCCGUUGUUUAGCAGUCGUCGAUCACGUGCAUCCGCAUAUAUAAUCGCAUUCCCCCGCGUUAUGCGAAACUUGCGAUAUCCAACGGGGCGCGUCCUUCUAUACGUUUCGACGUAGACGAUAAAUCCUUCUCUUUAUUUUCUUCUUUAUUUUUCCUCUUUAUUUUUCUUCUUAAUUUUUUUUCGUCUCGCCGCGAUACGGAAUUUUUUUCGAUUGUUCUAUCGAACUGAUGUGUGUCAGCGUUUAUGCGAUAAUCUCAGUCAAGAAAAUGGAUUGAGACCAUGCACGUGGAAAAUGCGCUCGCGAUUGCCACAGGUUCACGCGCGAGGGUGAAGCAGCGCGAUUAGAAAAUUCCGCGAUUAUUCGCAAGAAAGAGAUAAUCGUGGCAGAAGUUUUCACAUUUUCACGAAGAAGCUACGGUGCACAGUCAAUGGGAUUUCGCUGUUAAAAGCAGAGUUUCAGAUUUUUUUCAAUAUCAAAAUCUGAUUGAAGCUAACCGACACUUUGCAUCGUCGAUUAAAUCUCACAUGAAUAACUCAAUUGGAAAAUUAUAAUUAUUAAAAAUUAUAAAUUGCAGUUUACAAUUUGAAAGGGAACGAAGUGGAUAAAGAAGUGCCAAGAAUAAGUUCAUAUAUCGAAGCUGCGAAAUUGCACCGAAAACAAGCAUUCGAGCCUGGGCUUCAACACCUACGUCGCUCGGACCUGCGCCGAAGCUUCUGUAUGUCAACAAGAACUCGAGAAGUAAAACGAAUCAGUAUUAUAACAUACCCCGCACAAUGAGGGUUCGUUAUCACUAGCACACAGGGGCGACACAAUUACAAGUAGAUCGCGAUCGACGAAUGUCGCUUCGAAAUAUAUUAUUUUGCACUCGGCACGCUCUCUUCGGCUGAUUUACAAUGUAAUUCAGGAUUUAUGCGAUCAUUCAACCCGAAGCUCUGCAACGUGAAGGCGAUUCCAUCCCUUUUCUCUUUCAGAUGAUUGACAAUUUAAUCUUCAAUGAUAUGGGGAACGUAAUGCAAUUAGACGAGGCCGAGGACGAAGAGAGCUUCAAGUGCAAUGGCACUAUUCACGCAGAACUGCCAAUCGAAUUGCGUUUCAAUGACGGCCACUUGGUGACGAUCAUCACUUACAGCAUCCUAAUGGUGAUAUCGGCCAUUGGAAAUAUUUCCGUGCUGACCAUAAUAAAAAAACGAAAGUCCAAAUCCCGGAUACAGAAUCUCGUAAUGCACUUGUCGAUCGCUGACCUCUUUGUGACAUUCCUGAUGAUGCCAUUCGAAAUCGGAUGGGCGAGCACGGUAUCCUGGGAAGCAGGAGACGCGAUGUGUCGCAUAAUGGCUUUCUUCAGGACAUUCGGCCUGUAUCUUUCAUCCUUUGUAAUAAUCUGCAUAAGUAUAGACAGAUAUUACGCCGUGAUGCGACCUCUCCAAAUACUAGAUGUUCACAGGAGAGGGAAGAUAUUGCUGAUGCUUGCGUGGAUUGGCUCUAUACUUUGUUCCAUGCCACAGAUGUUGGUGUUCCAUCUUGAGACGCAUCCAAAUUACACUUGUUAUACGCAAUGUAUAACAUUCAAUAUCUUCCCAUCGUACGUGCACGAAGUUUUCUACAGUUUGUUCGGUAUGGUAGUGAUGUAUUGGUGUCCCCUUAUUGUAAUAUUCUAUACUUACACCAGUAUUUUCAUGGAGAUCUGCCGUAGAUCCAGGGAGAGAAGUGAAGAUAGAAUACGUCGCUCCUCAUGCAGUUUUCUAAGCCGAGCGCGAGUACGCACUUUAAAAAUGACGAUAACCAUUAUCGCUGUCUUCAUUAUCUGUUGGAGUCCUUACUACGUGAUGAGCGUUUGGUAUUGGAUUGAUCGAUCAUCAGCCCUCAAAGUCGACGAACGCAUUCAGAGAGCCCUUUUCUUCUUCGCGUGCACCAACUCUAGCAUGAAUCCCAUCAUCUACGGUAUCUUCAAUAUUCGUCAAAGAAAUAAAACACAGCUUCAGUCCCAUCCUCUUCUGAAGCUCGUCAACACAACUGUGGAACUUCCUGUUGUCGCAUACGCCAGAGAUUCCAUUUUCACCAUUUUCGUAAUAACAUUGCCGAUUUUUUUUAACCCUCCAACUUCAUAUAACAGACGUUCAUCGCAUGAUCGUAAUGGCGCCGAUGCGUACAGCCACCAUCGAGACCCGGGUCACGCCGCUGUCCCUAUCCAUCAAACUUCUCGAUUGUCAAUGAAUGCGAUGUUCAUCGGCUCGAAUAGAUGCGUUUAAAUCAACGAUGUUAGCUUAAAUAUCUGCGUUCUUUUACGAAAAUAAGUUUCAGCAGUAGUGCUGUCAAAUGCUGCAAACUGCAUCUUACAUGACGGUGCAUUCACGUGCAGAUAUUGUCCGGAAACUAUCGUGUACGCAGAGCUGUUCAAAAGUUCUCAUCUCACUCUAGAUGUAUGAUGAGAUUAGGCGAGAUGUGAAAGCGACUGUGAUCGAUCAAAUUAAAUCGCGAUGGAAGAAGAAGAUCCUCUGACGAAGUUGAAGAAACGCGACGAAAAAACAGAGAUUUUCCUAAGUGAACUAUGUAUUCAUUUGUUUCUAGAUAUAUUUAUUUUCAAGUUAGAUAAGAACUUUUAAAAGAAGAUUCUAGACUAAGUUUUUAUAUGUAUUUGUUUCGAUAUAAGCAAACGUUGCAAAUGCAACCAUGAAUGCUUCUUCGAGUAUGUGUUCUUUCUUUUUUUUAUAUAUGUAUAUACUUUCGCGACACAAGGUUGUGCAAACAAGUUACGUAAGCUAUUUAUAUACCGUUUAUGUUCCGUAUAUUUUUAUAAGAAGGAAAAAGAUAUCGAACAAAAUGUGUGUGUUUGCAUCGCGCAAUCCUGUUUCAUUACUUAAAAACUUUUAAAGGAUAAGCACUCAAUCUAUUGUGUUUCUGUCUAUAUAUUUUCCAUAAAUAAAAAAAGGAAAAUUGUAAUUUGUGA